AUGCGGCCGGCGCUGGCAGUGUGGCUGGCCCUGAGCCUCCUGGCAGGGACGGGGGCUGAGGAGAUGUGCGGGGGCCCCCCCGCCGCCCCAACCCGCACCAUCCCUGCGCCCCAGCUCAGCCCCGAGGAGCGGCUCUCACCCCACAUGCCCGAAUCCCUGCGCUGCGAUGCCUGCCACGCCAUCGCCUUCCAGAUUGAGGAGCAGCUGCGCAAGGCGGAGGGGAAGGUGGGCAGGAAGGCGCUGAGCGAGUCCGACUACGUGGAGGUGCUGGAGAGGAGCUGCUCGCAGAGCUGGGAGAGCUACGGAGUGCAGGAGCUGGAUGGGGAGAAGCGGCUGGCAGGGCCGGGGCUGCCGAGACAGGAGCCCAUGAGUGUGAUGGUGAUGGGGGGACCCUGGCCGGGCAGGCUGUCCAAGAUGUGCCAUGGCUACGUUGGUGAGCAGGGAGAGGCACAGAUCUACGGGGCGCACCGGCGGGGCCCGGCCGCCCUGCGGGAGCUGCUCUGCCACGGGGAGAAGGGGCCCUGCGCCGGCGGCAAGGCUGGGGGUCCAGCACCGCCCAAGGCACUGCAGAACGAGCUGUAG